GUAUCAAUCAUUAGGCAGUAAAAAAGUAGUUGACACAAUCAAUUCUCCAUCCAAAAAGUAGUUGAAAUAUCUUUCUAUAAUAACUCUUGUGAACCUGCAAUUUCUUCUUCUACGUACGUUGCAAUUUCUUCUACAUUGCAUUUUCUGAAUCCAAUCUCACUAUCUUAUUUUGUUGAACUAAGUCAUGGCGGCUAUUCUUGGAGGAGCACUUCUUUCAGCUUCCAUGGAGAUGUUGGUGAAAAAGGUUGUUUCUGGUGAAUUUGUUGAGUUGUUUCGGAGGACUAAGCUUGACGUUGAGCUGUUGGAAAAGCUGGAGAUAACACUGUUGAGUCUUCAAUCUGUACUUUAUGAUGGUGAGGACAAACAGAUCGCUAAUCCUGCUGUCAAGAAGUGGCUGGAGAUGUUGCAAGAUGCUGUCUUUGAAGCCGACGAACUGUUCGAUGAACUAAACACUGAAGCUUUAAGGUGCGAAGCUGAAGCUGGCCAGGUUCUUAAAAAGUUUUUAGAUUAUUUUCAAAGGUUUAAUAAAAAGAUCAAUUCUAAACUGCACAAAUUAUUUGAAAGAUUAGAACAUUUGAGAAACCAAAAUCUUGGAUUGAAAGAAGCUGUUUCCAGCAGUGUUUGGAGUAUAACUCCUACAAGUCCAUUUUUGGGAGAUGAAUCUGCUAUUUAUGGCAGAGAUGAUGACAAAAAGAAACUUAAAGAGUUUUUGCUGUCAGAGGAUGGUUGUGAUAGUGGAAAUAAAAUAGGAGUGAUUUCCAUUGUGGGUAUGGGAGGGUUAGGAAAAACAACACUAGCUAAACUCCUGUACAACGACCGUGAUAUAAAGGAGAAAUUUCAGGUGAGAGGGUGGUCACAUAUUCCAAAAGAUUUUGGUGUUGUUAUUGUCACUAAAACCAUUCUUAAAUCUGUCACUUCAGGAACAAUUAUAGACACUGACUUAGUUAAACUCGAAGUUCAAUUGCAGCAAAAUUUAAGUAACAAAAAGUUUUUGUUAGUAUUGGAUGAUAUAUGGUAUGGAAACUAUGUUGGUUGGAAUAGUCUUAGUGAUAUUUUUAAUGUUGGGAAAAUAGGAAGUAAGAUCAUCAUCACAACUCGAGAUGUAAGAGUCGCACUACCCAAGCAAAAAUCUCUCUAUGUCCACCAUUUAAGAUCUUUGGAAACUGAAGAUUCAUGGUCUUUAUUAGCCAGACAUGCAUUUGUAGAAACAAACUACCAACAACAUCCCAGUUUAGAAAUAAUUGGUAGAGAAAUUUCCAAAAAAUGUGGUGGCUUACCAUUAGCUGCAGUAGCAUUGGGGGGCAUUCUUCGCACCAAUUUGUCAGAAAAUCAUUGGAGUGAUGUAUUAAACAAUAAUAUUUGGGAACAUACAAAUGAUGAGGUGCAGCCAGCCCUACUAUUGAGCUAUCGGUUUCUUCCAGUUUCUUUGAAAGGAUGCUUUUCUUAUUGUUCUAUUUUUCCAAAGAACUCAAUCUUAGUGAAAAAGAUGGUAGUUCAGCUGUGGAUUGCAGAAGGUUUAAUACCUCAGCCGAAUAGUGAGAAAAGUUGGGAAAGAGUAGCUGAAGAAUACUUUGAUGAACUAGUGUCAAGGUCUUUGAUACGUCAACGGUUCCUUGCUCAAGAGGAAAGCGACUUUGAAAUGCACGAUCUCAUCAAUGAUUUAGCUAUGGCAGUUUCAUCUCCAUAUUGCACUAUGUUGGGCACACAAAAGCCAGAUAUAAGGGUGCGAUACUUAGCAUAUGACAGAUUUGAAUAUAACUCAGAUGAUAAAUUUGAAAAAUUGCAUGGAUUAAAAGGUCUACGAACUUUUCUACCCAUGCCAAUACAAGUUUUAGGGCGUUAUGAUAUUUCCGUAUCGUCGAAGUUAUUUUCUGAUUUGUUGUCGAGAAUGAUAAAAUUACAUGUGUUGUCUCUUUCAAACUACAGAAAUAUCACAGAAUUACCCAACUCUAUUGGAAAUUUGAUUUACUUGCGAUACUUGAAUCUCUCUGGCACUUUGAUUACAAGGCUGCCUUCUGAAACAUGCAAGCUUUACAAUUUGCAGACGUUGUUAUUGUCAAGAUGCGAGGAACUCACUGAAUUGCCAAAAGACAUGGGGAAAUUGGUGAAACUACGUCACCUUGACAUCAGAGGCACUAAAUUGAAGAAAAUGCCGGCACAAAUAUCCAAAUUAGAAAAUCUGCAAACAUUGUCGGACUUUAUUGUGAGCAGCGUUAAGGAUGUUGGGUUGAAGAUUGAGGAUCUUGGAAAAUAUCCCCAUCUACGAGGAAGCCUUUCCAUUUCACAACUUGAAAAUGUUAUUGACCCAUCCCAUGCUUCUCAAGCAAACUUGGAGAUGAAAAAAGAAAUUGACGAGUUGGAACUAAGAUGGUCUUACACUGCUCAUUCAAAUUCACAAAUACAAAGUGUUGUAUUGGAAAGGUUGCGUCCGUCGACAAUUUUGAAGAGUCUGUCCAUCUCUGAAUAUCCUGGAGACAAAUUACCAAAUUGGUUGGGCAAUCCUUUAUUUAGCAACAUGGUGCGUUUGAAGAUCUUAGGAUGUAAAAACUGUUCAAGAUUGCCAUCCUUGGGGCAACUAAGUAAUCUUAAAGUACUCUUUAUUAGUGAGAUGCAAUCAAUAAAGAGCAUUGGUACCAUGUUCUAUGGAAGUGAUUCUCCUUCGUUUAAACCAUUUACCUCUUUAGAGACUCUAAGUUUUGAAAAUAUGGCAGAGUGGGAGGAAUGGAAGUUGAUUGGAGGUACAUCUAUUGAGUUUCCUAGUCUUAUACACUUGUCACUAAAUUGUUGUCCAAAACUCAAAGGAAACAUACCAAUGAACCUUCCUAAGCUUGAAAGAUUGUCAUUUGUUAAAUGUCCCGAACUCAGUGGGAUGACACCCAACAACCUUUCUUUCCUUACAGAACUUGUGUUACGGGAUUGUCCCUUAUUGAUGGAGUCAAGGUAUUUAGAUGAUAUUAACAAUAUUAUAAUUACAAGCCCACCAUUUGGCGUAUUCAGCCAAAUGAUGGUUUGUCUCUAUUCUCUUCAAAGGAUGAUUUUAAAAAAUAUUCCAUCUCUAACAUCCUUUCCAAGAGACGGUCUUCCCAAAACCUUACAAACUCUCGUAAUUGAAGAUUGUGAGAAUCUGGAAUUUCUUUCUCAGGAAUCUUUUCACAAUUACACAUCACUUGAGCAUUUGAAAAUACUCCAUAGUUGUAAUUCAAUGACAUCAUUUACCCUAUGCUCUCUCCCAGUCCUCAAAAGUCUAGAUAUUUACGGCUGUAAUAAUUUAAAAUCCAUAUUAAUUGCCGAAGAUGCAUCACAACAUAAUCUCUUGUUUCUUAUAAGCAUCAAAAUAGGGAGUUGCCAUGAACUGGAGUCAGUUUCCCUAUGUGGAUUGCCUAUUCCUAACCUCACUCAUUUAACUGUGCAUUUUUGUGAGAAAUUACGAUCUCUACCUGAAUCAAUAAAGACUCUAACUAGCCUUCAACAAAUGAUAAUUACUAAUCUUCCAAAUCUGCAAUCGUUUUCCAUAGAUGGUUUGCCUAUCACUUUACGAGAACUUUGGAUUAUCAAGGUUAGAGGGAUUUUGUGGAAUACAACUUGUGAGCAUCUCACUUCUCUUUCAAAGCUGAAAAUUUCGGGUGAUGAUUUUGUGAAUACAAUGAUAAAAAUGCAAGUUCCGUUUCUACCCACUAAUCUCGUUUCCUUAUGGAUCUCCGAUCUUAAAGAUAUAGAAUGCUUGGAUGGGAAGUGGCUUCAACAUCUCACUUCUCUUCAUAAACUUGAGAUUUAUUACUCACCCAAGCUCAAGUCUUUGCCAAAAGAAGGGGACUUGCCUUCCUCUCUUAAAAAAUUGAAUAUCUAUGAAUGUCCGUUAUUGGAAGCAAGUUUACGGAGGAAACGAGGGAAAGAGUGGCGUAAGAUUUCUCACAUUCCCAAAAUAUAUAUAAACAGCAAAAUCAUGGAAUGAGUAUUACAUCAAGAUUACAAAAUUAUGGACCUCACUAUCCAAGAGGACCACAGAAAAGUGUUGAUAUACGUGGUAACAGUUUGACAUAAUGAUAUUUGUGAUUAAGAUGAAUUGGAUUCUACCAUCACUUAAUUCAUGUUUGGUACAUACGGUCAUGGUUUUAAAUUGCGAACGCAGAUGCGGUUGCGGCUAUUGCGGUUGAUGGGAUGCGGUUGAGGCCAUUUCGGCGUUAUGAUGCAGUUUUUAUUGUGAUUUGCAAUCACACCGCAAUUGCGGCCUAAUGCGGAUGCGGACACUACCGCAACCGCAAUAUUGCGGCCGCAUCACGUGAUGCGGUCCGCAAUUUAAAUUCAUGCAUACGGUGUUCUCGCGUUAAAUAUUUUUAGAUAUAUUUCAUUGAAGUUAAAUAUUCAGGUGUUGUUCAAAUCUUUUUCACGAUUUCUGUUUCUGAAACCCAAGUGCAAUAAAAUAUUGUUAAUCUACAAAAUUGUGUGAGAACUUGAAUCUGGUACCAAAUUGUGGUAGGCCAUGCUAAGUACUUUACCUUUAGAUUUACAGAUUUGAGAUGCUAAAUACCAAAAGGAAUUGGCAUUUUUCAAUUCUAGAACUCAAAUGAUUUUUGUUUUCCUCCCAUGUUUAAUUUACCAACAUAUUACAGGCUAUUCUUAUACACAUAUUCUGGAUAUUCUUGUGUUGUCCUGUCAGAUCAAUUUCAUACAUAAAACAUGCUUUUGAUAUUAUUCAACUAGUGUCAAAUAUAGGUUUUCUGGACAACAUCAUAACAGCGUGAGCGUUUGAUGUUCAUGCGCAUUAUUAACGAGCAUUGUCCUCAUAUCAGAGGCUGAAUAACUUGACUUAUUAAUUAAAAUUUUAUGAAAGAAAAUUUUAAAGCAUGUCUAUUUGAUUAUUUAAUAUAAUUUUUAAAUAACUAAUUACUUUUGAAAUAUUAAAAGAUGUGUGAUGCAGGUGUGUAGAUAAAUUUGAAUCCCAACUUUCCAAGCAUGGAAGUCUAAGAAAUAAUACUUUUAUGACUAGCAUGUCAUAGCUGGCUUCCUCAACAUUAUUGUAAAUGCCUAGUAUUUUUCCUAGCUGGAUGGAAAGUGACUUCAACAUAUUGUCAGAAGAGGGGAAGCAAGUGUGUGGAAGAAACGAGGAAAAGAGUAUUGUAAGAUUGCUCACAUUCCAAGCAUACUUAUCGAUUAUGAAUUAAUCAUAUUUACAUUCCUUGCAUCAUAUCCCGAUCGGGAGCUGAAAUUCAGAAUUCCAACUGCAGACAAGUCAGAUUUCUAAGAUGGUGAAUAUUCUAAGAGAGCAAAUUGCAAGCUAGCUAGAAAACAAAUACAACUGUUGGGCACAGUCAUGGAGAAAUUUGGAGGAAUUGCAAAAUUUCCAUUUGUGGUGAACUGGACCUCACAAACCAAGAGUACCACCGAUGAAUCAUUUAACCAAAUGAUGCACUCUGUAAAGAAGUCGUUUGUCUGAGUAAAUUAUUAUGAUUUUGAUGCAGAUGAACUUGAAUCCCUACUUGAAAAGCAUGACAGUCCGAGGGUUGUACUUUUAUCACAUCGUAGCUAUUCUGAAAACGGGGCUGUUAACAAUAUGUUGGAUUUUGGUUUGUGUUUGCUCAACUGGAUGUAGAUUCUUCCAAUGGUUUCGCAAACAAAUAUGAAUGAUGUCCAGAAACUUUCCAUGCCUCUGUAGAGAGAUCAUCCACAUCAUUCAAGACACAUUCAUCCUAUAUUCGAGGAAUUCCGCAAAGGAACAUCUCCGGCAUUCAAAGAACAGAAGAGAGGCACUACAACACCAUCUUUUUAUUGUUUUUUCGUCAGAUAUGACUCAUUGUUUACCAAUAAGUAAAUAGGUUGCUCGAGUUCAGAUGCUCUAUCAAAUUGUAAUCUGUAAAACAUAUGUUUGAUUAAUACAACGGAACUGCAGCUGCCCUGCAGUCGGAGACGUAGGCACAAUUGGCCGAACUUCGUUAGCAAAUACCGUGUGUUCUGUGUUUCUGUUUUUUUUUUUUUUUUUCAAAUUUGUUUUCUUUUGAAUUGGAAUUUGUGUUCUAACAAUUUCAAAUGCAUUGAAAUCUGAAGCCCUUUAUUGACAUGUAAAGAUAUCAUGUGUUUAACAAAAUUAUAUCACAACAAAAUUAUUAUUAAGUGGCUGAGAAUUUGGAUGAACAAAUGGUAAACAUGUGUUUAUUAAUGCAGUUCUCUUGGGAACACUGAUGUUGAGAAGCAAGGAAGUACUCACAUGAAAGGAAACUGUUCAUAAAAGAUUUAGAGAUUGGAAUGCUUUCUUAUUGGGCAUGUCGACCACCAAAUGUAAGGACCGAUAAAGUGCUGGAGUUUAAACAAAGCUUUGACAAGUCUUUUAGGGCUUGUUUGCCACCAAAACUAUUUGACACAUUCAGAAGAGAGCCAUGUUGGCAAGACUUAAGAGUUUAGUUGAGUGACACUGAAACAUCUUUUUGUUGAAUAUGAUUCAUAGCUUACUCAUAAAUGAAUAGGUUGCUCGAGUUUAGCCGCUUUGAUAAACUAUAACCUGGAAAACCUAUUUGAUUAAUACAACGGCACUACAACUACUCUGCAUUCGGAGACGUAGGCACAAUUAGCCGAAUUCCAUCAUAUCAAAUAUUGAGUGUUCUCUAUAUUCUCUGUUUUUAUUUUAUUUUGAAUAGAAAUUGUUGUUCUAACAAUUUCAAACACAUCAAAUUUUAAACUCCUUUCUUGACUUGUUCAGAUGUUAUGAGUAUGGUACAUUGGCAUUUUUAUUUCUUUGCUAGGAGUAGGACUUCAUCAGUUUACUAGAUCUGA